AUGGCCCGAACUAAGCAAACUGCUCGAAAAUCCACUGGUGGUAAAGCUCCCCGAAAGCAACUCGCCACCAAGGCUGCUCGAAAGUCCAGUACCAAAUCACAAGGUGCCGGUACUUCAGGUGGUGUCAAGAAGCCUCACAGAUACAGACCUGGUACUGUUGCACUUCGAGAAAUCAGACGAUACCAAAAAUCCACUGAGCUCCUUAUCCGAAAACUUCCUUUUCAAAGACUUGUAAGGGAAAUUGCUCAAGACUUCAAGACUGAUCUUCGAUUCCAAUCUUCUGCCGUAUUGGCUCUUCAAGAAGCUUCCGAAGCUUACCUUGUUUCUCUUUUCGAGGACACCAAUCUCGCUGCCAUCCACGCCAAGCGAGUCACCAUUCAACCCAAAGAUCUUCAACUCGCUCGACGACUCCGUGGUGAACGAUCUUAA